CGGUCCCAAGAUCGGGCCCCUGGGCGCCCUGCUGUGUCAGUACAAACCGCACGGCCGCUCCCAGCAAAACUCCCCCAAAACUCCACGUUCCCAAGCAAACUCCCCAGUACGGGCAGAAUUCCCUUAACACGCCAGGAUGGGGGCUGCGCCGAGGACGCCGAGGUGGCAAUUUGGGUGCCUGCCUGAUGGCCACGCGUGUGGUCCACGUCAACUGAAUAAUUUAUGCACUCUACCUUUCGUCGUCUAUAUACAGCCUGCCAUUGCAAACCUGUUGCAAACCUUCCGCGGGGUGGACAGUAUUGAACCCAGCAGAGGUCGGCAUGGGCCUCGGGUCCUUCGGGGCCCCCCGAUGUACCCGCAACCGAAAUCGAAAAUAGCCAACCGCUGCUGGUCCUUACACUACCGAAAUCACUCCAGACGGCUUCAGAAACCACGAUGGGGCCCCCAAAACCGGCCCAAAACAUGAUUGACUGGCUCUUGGUUUACCUGAAAUGCCCCCAAAACCCCUUGAAAAUGUCGCAAUUUGAAGUGCAAUCUGAAAAUUUUCUUUGGGGCUGCCGCCCCCGGGCCGGCUUGCGCGGAACAGAAGGGGAUUGCGAGGAUUUGUGGCUGCCUGCCACAGAGCAGCUGUCCGGCAUGUGCUGUUGGACACCAACCUCAACACUGCUUUGACACACCUACGAUGGCCACUUUGUCUGUUCAGCGACAGCGUUGUGUUGCACCAGGCGCGCGCGCACGCGCUCCCGCCCGUCGCCUAGUCCGCCUUUAUGCCAGCAGCGACCAGGCCAUCAUUAAGGUUCUGGGCGUUGGCGGUGGUGGCUCCAAUGCCGUCAACAACAUGGUCAAUAGCGACGUGCAGGGCGUGGAGUUCUGGAUUGCCAACACCGACGCUCAGGCCUUGGCAACGUCUCCCGUUAACGGCAAGUGCAAGGUGCAAAUUGGAGGCAAGCUUACCCGCGGUCUCGGCGCCGGAGGCAACCCUGAGAUCGGCGCUAAAGCUGCUGAAGAGAGCCGGGACUCCAUCGCCGCGGCACUGCAAGAUACUGACAUGGUAUUCGUGACGGCCGGAAUGGGCGGCGGCACGGGCAGUGGCGCCGCGCCCGUCGUGGCGCAGGUGGCGCGUGAAUUGGGCAUCCUAACAGUUGGCAUCGUCACCACCCCCUUCACCUUCGAGGGCCGCCAGCGCGCGCAGCAGGCUCGCUCUGCUUUAGCCAACUUGCGUGCAGCGGUUGACACGCUCAUUGUCAUCCCGAACGACCGGCUGCUGUCGGCCAUGGACUCCAACGUGCCUAUCAAGGACGCCUUCAAAAUUGCCGAUGACGUACUGCGGCAGGGCGUAAAGGGCAUCAGCGAAAUUAUCACAGUGCCCGGCCUAGUCAACGUGGACUUCGCGGACGUUCGUGCCAUCAUGGCGGGCGCCGGUAGCUCGCUCAUGGGGCAGGGCUAUGGAUCCGGUCCGCGGCGUGCCUCUGACGCCGCGCUGCGCGCCAUCAGCUCGCCGCUGCUGGAGGUGGGCAUUGAGCGCGCCACUGGCGUGGUGUGGAACAUCACCGGUCCGCCAAACAUGACCCUGCACGAGGUGAACGAGGCGGCCGAAAUUAUCUACGAUAUGGUGGACCCCAACGCCAACCUUAUCUUUGGAGCCGUGGUGGACUCUACCCUGCCCGACGACACGGUGUCCAUCACCAUCAUUGCCACAGGCUUCGGCCACGUGGAGCCCGAGCUUGGGGCACUGGCGGACCGUGGCAGCCGCGCUGCUGCCGCCGCCAGCCCGCGCGUCGCGGCGGCAGCGAACGCCGCCGCAGCAGCUGCAGCUGCCGCCAGCGAGGCUGAUGGCCAGCUGCCGCGAGUGCUGGGCGGCGGCCCAGUCCGCAGUGCCAUGGUGCCGCCCGUCACCACAGCAGCACCCGAGACGCCGGGUGGCGCGUCUUCCUCUGGUGUGGAGAUUCCGGCCUUCCUGCGCCGGCGCCGGGUGCAGGGCAAGUAAAGAUGUUGCAUUCAAGUGUGGCCUUGUGUGCCCACAGCAUGAAACCCAAUCGUAUUGGAACUCAACACCGUAGGUGCUUUAAGCGGUGGCAAGUGCAGACCAGACUGGCUGUGUCAUCGACGAUGCUUUAGAAACGCGAAACAGAGACGCCGUAGAGGCUAAGGGUAUGGACUAGGGUAUGGACCGAGCACACAACAAUGCGGUUGGUGUGCAUUCAUGAUGCUCGGCAAGUUCGGCACAAUUACUUACUCCUGCUGAAGCGUACCGUAUGUUUGUGACUGUUGGUUUACGUGUGCAUGUGCGUCGGGCAUAUCCAUUGCCACGCUUGCCGACAAUCAUGACUGCUUGUCGACAAUCAAUGUUACCUGAAAGGAAACCUACACAUGUGCCGUGCACUGUGUAGGUGGUCAUACGUCGGUUACUCACGAACUGGACCUAUGAUUUCAACCAUCGUGAACCCAAGUGCCACACGGUCUAAUAACACAAACGAAGAAUGCCCUAAGCCUACAGUCGCUCUGCCACACACUGCUGCAGCCAGACACUUGCAGCCUUGAACUGUCUCAGCUGCCUGCCUACAAGCAACAAGCCCGGUGCAGAGCGUUUGAAGCUAGACUUUGAUGACAGGCCGUCGGGUGGUGUCCAGGAAGAAGUCCUUCUUGGUGGCCUCGUCCUUGAGCCAGCGCGUGUUCUGGCCGGCCGUGGCCUUGAGCACGUUCCGUACUGCGCGUAAUUACAUAAUUAUGGAAGGCUCUGAGCCUGAGGGUGGAUGGACAAGGUUCCAGUCGUUCCAUGGAUGGUUGCGGCGGACAGCUGCGGAGCGCGGACAGCUGUGACUUGUGAGCGUGUGCGUGUUGGACCCAACCGCGGGCGCGUGCAUCUCGCCGGCAAUGGUAGGGGCAACUGCUGGGGGGGGCAGGGUUAUGAUGGCAGGGAUUCGGGCCGAAUCGGGCUGUACCGUAUGCUGAAGGGCCAUGUAAGGACUGUGUUCG